AUUCAUUCAGGAAGGCACAGUGGGUGAGAACCCGGGAAUGCAAAGACAAACAAGAUGGUUCCCGUUCCAGGAGCUCCCCGUCUGAAGAGCUAGAUGCAUGAACAGAGAAUACGGUAUGCUGCGAUAUGUCUUACACUGAAGAGUGAUUCCCGAAGCGUGAUCACUGGGCCAGCAGCGUCCGCAUCACCUGGGAACUUACUGGAAAUGCAAAUUGGCAUUUGCCCCAGCCCAAACCUGCCUAAUAUGAAAAUUGAGGUUGUUUUAACAAGCUCUUCAGGUGAUUCAAACGCUAAAAUUGGAGAACCACUUUGAGUAUGGAAAGCCAAAAGGACUUUGGAGCAGUAAGCCAACACAUCUGAGCCAAACUUAAGAACAUCUAAACAUCAGCUCGCAGUCCCCUACAGGCUCGAUUAGAAAUAGGCUGCUCUCUGCUAAUUCACAAGGAUGAUACAAAAGUAUAUACGCCUCUUUAAGUUAAACCGUAAGAUCUCUGAGAACAGGGUUAAGCUUCUUUUAACUUUUCUUUCCCUUCUACUUUCUGAUCUCAGUGCAAUGCUUAGGAGAUAAGCACUGAAAUUUACUUUAAGUAGCUAAUUCACAAAUCAAACUGCGUGCAAGGGUUAUAAGUUCACGAUGAGAAAAUGGCAUAUCUACAAAUUUUCAAAAUUCACUGUGGCAAAAUACACAAAAUUUACCAUUACAACUGUUUUGAAGUGUGCAGUUUAGUAUGCUUUAAGGAUGUUCACACUGUUCCGCAACCCUUACCAUUGCCCAAUUCCAUGAUUUUUUUGUAUUUUCCCAAACGUAAACUGUGUACCAGUUAAACAACUGGUGGUCUUUCACCCUGUUUUCUUCCAAUGGGAGCUUUUCCUAUUGAUCUGUAGGAGUUCAUUUUAAAUUAGGGCUACCAGUCCAAUCCUUUGUCUUCUUCCAACUUGUGUUUUUAAAGAACUCUAUGCAUGGUGAAUUUAAAAAUCUGUGCAGAAAAAUCUGCACUUUUAUGGAAUCAUUGUAACUAUGGUUACAAUUACAUUACCAAAUCUAUGAAUAUUUCCCUUUAGGAUUUCUAUGUUGCUGUCCUUGAAGGCUUUCACAAUCUCAGUCUAAUGAACACAUUUACUUACAUUUUCUUCUAACGUCUUAAAUACUUAAGCCAUAUAGGGUUUACUUAAAGUUUUUUUUUUUUUCCUAAAUGGCUCAUCAGCUGUUCCAGUAUCGUUUAUUGGAUAACCUGUCUUUGCCUGAUUUAAAAUGACAGUUUCAUACCAAAUUUCUCCACGUCCUGGUAUUUAUUCCCGGAUCUCUUCUCCAGUCCUGUGAGAAUAGAACAUUGUCCUAAUUACCAUCGCGUUCUGCUCUACUCUCUAGUGAGUGAAUCGCUCACUUUAGGUCAUCUUGAUGGUUGCACAAUAUUCCAUCACACACGUACUAUAAUUCUUUUAAACCAAUCCCCUACUACUAAGCAUAUAAGUUUCCUAGUUUUCCAUUCUAUACAACGUGUCAUUUUUUGGAUCGGAUUAAACGAAUUCUCUGCCUCGGCAGCUCCAGUCCCUUUUCCCCCGUUUACCCUUUUCUCUGGAUUAUUUAAAACAUCACAAACAAUAGUGUACACAAACAAUAGUGUAUGUAAACAUUGCAAACAAUAGUGUAGUGUAAAAAAUCGCAAAACUGGUGUCCAUCGUGGGAGAGCUGGCACGAAACCUGUCCUGCGUGUUCAGAUGAGCUGGCAGAGACCUCCGAGCGACGGCAGGGGGCGCAGGUUCCCGGCUUCGCCGCAGCCACAUCCGGGUUCCACCGCAGGUUCGGGCCAGGAGCAGGCGGAACGUUUCUGUCACACCGCCGAUUAACCUGCGCGCGGGGACCGUUUAGGCCGGGGCGCGUCGCCCUUCACGCGUGUUGCAGCGAAAGCGGGCGCGGGGGCUCCGCUUGUUUCUGCCUUGGUCGGGAGCAGCGCAGCAUGGAUGUGCUCGCGGAGGAGUUCGGGAACCUGACCCCAGAGCAGCUGGCGGCGCCCAUCCCCACCGUAGAGGAAAAAUGGAGGCUACUUCCAGCAUUUUUAAAGGUGAAAGGCCUUGUGAAACAGCAUAUAGAUUCAUUCAACUAUUUCAUUAAUGUGGAGAUAAAGAAGAUCAUGAAGGCCAACGAAAAGGUCACGAGUGAUGCCGACCCCAUGUGGUACCUGAAGUAUCUUAAUAUCUAUGUGGGGCUUCCUGAUGUUGAAGAAAGCUUCAAUGUAACUAGACCAGUAUCCCCUCAUGAGUGCCGUUUGCGGGAUAUGACAUACUCUGCCCCCAUCACCGUGGAUAUUGAAUAUACCCGAGGCAGCCAGAGGAUCAUCCGCAAUGCCUUACCAAUUGGCAGAAUGCCCAUAAUGCUGCGUAGUUCGAACUGUGUUCUUACAGGGAAGACACCAGCAGAAUUUGCCAAACUGAACGAAUGCCCUUUAGAUCCAGGUGGCUACUUCAUUGUCAAAGGAGUAGAAAAAGUAAUUCUUAUCCAAGAGCAGCUGUCUAAGAACAGGAUCAUUGUGGAAGCUGACAGGAAGGGGACGGUUGGUGCUUCAGUUACCAGCUCUACCCAUGAGAAAAAAAGCAGAACCAAUAUGGCUGUGAAACAGGGGCGAUUUUAUUUGAGACAUAAUACUUUGUCAGAAGAUAUUCCCAUUGUCAUCAUAUUUAAGGCCAUGGGUGUUGAGAGUGACCAGGAAAUUGUACAGAUGAUUGGAACAGAGGAGCACGUGAUGGCUGCAUUUGGGCCCAGUUUGGAAGAGUGCCAGAAAGCUCAGAUUUUCACACAGAUGCAGGCAUUAAAAUAUAUAGGGAACAAAGUAAGGAGGCAAAGGAUGUGGGGCGGUGGACCAAAGAAGACGAAGAUAGAAGAGGCAAGAGAGCUCCUGGCUUCUACCAUCCUCACACACGUGCCAGUUAAAGAAUUCAAUUUCCGAGCGAAGUGUAUCUACACUGCAGUGAUGGUGCGAAGAGUAAUUCUGGCCCAAGGAGAUAAUAAAGUGGAUGACCGAGACUAUUAUGGUAACAAGCGAUUGGAGUUGGCAGGACAGCUUUUAUCACUUCUUUUUGAAGAUUUAUUCAAAAAAUUUAAUUCUGAAAUGAAGAAGAUUGCAGACCAGGUGAUUCCUAAGCAACGAGCAGCUCAGUUUGAUGUUGUGAAGCACAUGCGUCAGGACCAGAUUACCAACGGCAUGGUGAAUGCCAUUUCUACAGGAAAUUGGUCUCUCAAGAGAUUUAAAAUGGACCGCCAGGGUGUGACUCAAGUCUUGUCUCGCUUGUCAUAUAUAUCUGCCCUGGGCAUGAUGACAAGAAUCUCCUCUCAGUUUGAAAAAACAAGAAAAGUGAGUGGUCCUCGUUCCCUCCAGCCAUCUCAGUGGGGAAUGCUCUGUCCUUCGGACACUCCUGAAGGAGAGGCAUGUGGUUUGGUUAAAAACUUGGCCCUUAUGACGCACAUCACAACUGACAUGGAAGAUGGACCCAUUGUUAAAUUAGCCAGUAACCUGGGGGUAGAAGAUGUGAAUUUAUUAUGUGGGGAAGAACUCUCUUAUCCAAAUGUGUUUCUCGUCUUCCUCAAUGGUAACAUCCUGGGAGUGAUUCGAGACCACAAGAAGCUAGUGAAUACAUUUCGACUGAUGCGAAGAGCAGGAUAUAUCAAUGAAUUUGUUUCCAUCUCAACAAAUCUCACAGAUCGAUGUGUCUAUAUUUCCUCUGAUGGAGGAAGGCUGUGCAGACCCUACAUUAUCGUUAAGAAACAGAAGCCUGCAGUCACAAAUAAGCAUAUGGAAGAGCUGGCUCAGGGAUACAGGAAUUUUGAAGACUUCUUACAUGAGAGUCUGGUUGAAUAUUUAGAUGUGAAUGAAGAAAAUGACUGUAACAUCGCACUCUAUGAACAUACAAUUAAUAAGGAUACCACCCACUUGGAGAUUGAGCCCUUUACUCUCCUUGGUGUUUGUGCUGGCCUCAUCCCAUACCCUCAUCACAACCAGUCCCCAAGAAACACAUAUCAGUGUGCCAUGGGGAAGCAAGCCAUGGGUACCAUUGGAUACAACCAGCGGAAUAGAAUCGAUACUCUCAUGUAUCUACUAGCAUACCCACAAAAACCCAUGGUUAAAACAAAGACCAUUGAGUUGAUAGAAUUUGAGAAACUGCCAGCUGGACAAAAUGCAACAGUUGCCGUGAUGAGUUACAGCGGCUAUGAUAUUGAAGAUGCCCUGGUUUUAAACAAGGCGUCCCUGGACAGAGGCUUUGGGCGUUGUCUUGUAUAUAAAAAUGCUAAAUGUACACUGAAACGCUAUACCAAUCAGACCUUUGAUAAAGUGAUGGGGCCGAUGUUGGAUGCUGCUACAAGGAAACCCAUCUGGCGACAUGAAAUUUUAGAUGCUGAUGGUAUUUGUUCUCCAGGUGAGAAGGUAGAAAACAAACAAGUGCUGGUAAAUAAGUCCAUGCCCACAGUAACCCAGAUUCCUUUGGAAGGAAGUAAUGUGCCACAGCAGCCACAGUACAAAGAUGUGCCCAUCACCUACAAAGGAGCAACGGAUUCCUACAUUGAAAAAGUGAUGAUCUCUUCAAAUGCUGAAGAUGCUUUUCUGAUCAAAAUGCUGCUGAGACAGACCAGGCGUCCAGAGAUUGGAGACAAAUUCAGCAGCCGUCAUGGGCAAAAAGGUGUUUGCGGCUUGAUCGUCCCGCAGGAAGACAUGCCAUUCUGUGAUUCUGGCAUCUGUCCGGACAUCAUAAUGAACCCACACGGCUUCCCAUCACGAAUGACGGUGGGAAAACUGAUUGAGCUGUUGGCGGGCAAGGCUGGCGUACUGGACGGGAGGUUCCACUAUGGCACUGCGUUUGGAGGCAGCAAAGUGAAAGAUGUGUGUGAAGACCUCGUUCGCCAUGGUUAUAACUACUUGGGGAAAGACUUUGUGACAUCUGGCAUUACAGGCGAGCCCUUAGAAGCAUACAUCUAUUUUGGCCCGGUGUACUAUCAGAAACUGAAGCACAUGGUGUUGGAUAAGAUGCAUGCCCGGGCCCGGGGGCCACGAGCUGUUCUCACCAGGCAGCCCACUGAAGGUCGGUCUCGUGAUGGCGGUUUGCGUCUUGGAGAAAUGGAACGUGACUGUUUAAUCGGCUAUGGAGCCAGCAUGCUCCUACUAGAGAGACUGAUGAUUUCAAGUGAUGCCUUUGAGGUUGAUGUCUGUGGGCAGUGUGGACUUCUGGGGUAUUCUGGCUGGUGCCAUUACUGCAAGUCAUCAUGCCAUGUGUCUUCCCUCCGCAUCCCAUAUGCCUGCAAGCUGCUCUUCCAGGAGCUGCAGUCUAUGAACAUCAUCCCCCGGUUAAAACUGUCCAAAUACAAUGAGUAAGGACAGAAAAGGUGAUUAUUUAAAGAGAACAACCGGUAGUUCCAACACAGUGGAUAGCAGAGGGGAUUGAGGACCACGUCUCCUUCUGUAAUUCCUUUGAAUGUCCCCCCUCAAAGAAGAAAGAUGAGGAGGUUUUCUUACACUGGGGAUGGACCACGCAGCCUUGAUCAGUGAGUCAUGGGCACUGGGAGAUAUAUGCUGCCAACACGGACCAUGAUGCAAUGUCUUGUUCCUGUACUGAAUGCGAUUCACAAAUGGAUGUGACCUAAAAGAUAAAUAAACUUUUAUUUAUGUUCUGGUA